AUGAACGGUAGAAUCAGACAAAAUCAAACUGCGUAUAACCCAUAUUCAACAUCAGGUAGAAAUAAUAGAAAUACUAUAAACAGUGAAAGAGAUGAAAGUGAGAAUGGUUCAUUAUUAAUGAAUGGUUCAUCAUCACCACCAAAUAAUCAACAAACAAAUAAGGCUGGAUUCUUUAAAAAUAUGGUUUCAAAAUUAUUAUCUAAACCACUUCAAUGGAUGUUUUCAAAUUUCGAUGAAUCAUCAUCAUCAUCAUCAUCAUCAUCAUCAUCAUAUGAUGAUGGUAAUAAUAUACCACAAAAAGGAUCAUCAACCACCACCACUAAUAUAAAUAAUAAUAAUAAUAAUAAUAAUAGUAAUAGUAAUAGUAAUAGUAAUAAUAACACAAAUAAUCAGAACAAUAAUAGUAAUAAUAAUAAUAAUAAUAAUAAUAAAAUAAAUAUUUCUGAUGAUUAUGAUAGUAAUUUAUCAAAAGUUAAAGUACCAUCAGGUAUCAAUUUUGAUACAUCAUCACUUUCAGUAGCAGAUUUAACUCGUUCCUACCAAACUAAUAUUUCAAAUAAAAAUAUAUUAGAUAAUAAACCAAUUUUAAAGAAGGAUCAAAAUCCAACAACUACCACAACCACCACAACAGCAGCAGCUGUCCCAAAGAAAUCAGUUGCAAUCGGUGGUGUAACAAAUAAUGAUAAAAAACCAACAACUACAACAACAGCUACUACAUCAAUCUUAAAAACCAAUAUAAAUUCAUUAUAUCCAAAUUUAAGUCAAGACCGAAUAAAUGCAAAUGCAUCAACAUUUAAUAGUAGUAGAAAUAUAAAAAAUAAUUUAUCACCAACUCAAACCACUUUAAAGAUUACAAAUAAUAAUACAAUUUAUUCAAAUUCACAAUUUAAAAAGAAACCAAUCUCUUCAACUUUUAAUGCCUCUCCAUUUGAAAGUUCAAUAAUUAAUAGUUCUUCAAUUCUAUCAAAGAGAAAACAAUUUGACGAUAAUAAUAAUAGUAAUAUUAAUGAUAAUCAAAGUAUUUAUAACAGACAAUCUAUAUAUUCCCCAAAUUCUAAAAUUGAACAACCACCAUUAAAAAAGAGAUUACCAAAUGCUGAUGGUACAGAUAAUUCAGUUAUGAUGGCAACUAGUCAAGCAGCUAAAAGAAUUUUAGAACAUUUAGAUUCAUUUUCAAAUCCAGUUUUAGCUCAUUAUAAUCCAUCAUCAACAAUGGCUCCAUCAUCACAGUCUCUUUACAAUGGUAACGAUUCAACUUAUCAACCACCAACAUCAGUUUAUAGACCAAAAAUUAAAAUCCCUCAAAUUUCUAUCAAUUAUAAAUAUAAUCCAUAUGGUUUAAGUAAAUUAUUGGAAAAGAAACCAAAAUCAAAUAAAGAUUUAGGAUUAGAAAUUCCAACCAAUUCAAUUACAUCAUCAGUAUCAUUAUAUAAGAAACCAUUAAAUAAAAAAUCUGAAGAUGAAUCAACUGAACCAAUUAAGACAUAUGCAACACCUUCAACUACAACUACAACAGCAACAGUAGCAAAUACAUCAUCAUCAUCAUCAUCAUCAUCAUCAUCAUCAUCAUCAUCAUCAUCAUCAUCAUCAUCAUCAUCAUCAUCAUCAUCAUUAUUCUCAUCAAAACCAGCUACAAUUUCAUCAAAUACAACUACAACUACAACCACUUCAUCACCACCAUCAUCAUCAUUAUUUUCAACAACUUCUUCUGCAGCUUCCACAAAUACAGCAACAGCAUCAUCAUUAUUUAGUGCAACUCCAGCUACAACAAUUGCAACUUCUUCACCAUCAACAUCAACAUCAACAUCAUCAUCAUCAUCAGGUAACGAAAAGAAAUUGGAUAAUAUGUUUACAUCAGAUUCAAAUAAAUCAAAUCUAUUCUCAAAAGAGAAUGACGGUGGUGGUGUUAAUCCAUUUAAAAAUUUAGCAACUACAGUUUCAAAAACAGAUUUUAUAGGUAUUAAUGGAGUAUCAACAUCAACAUCAUCAUCAACAUCAACAUCAAAAUCAUCACCAAUCGCUAAAAAAGAUAUUACAUCAAUAAAUAAAUCAGCACCAUAUGAAAAGAAAAAGAGAGGUUUAGAGAAUGAAGAUACACCAUUGGAUGUACCAGGUUUAAAAAAUAUAGAGCCACCAAGUGGUUUAUUCAAUUUUAGUGGUAUUAAACCAAUUGAAACAACAUUAUUUAGUGUUUCAACUACAACUCCAUUAGCAACCACCACCACCGCAUCAUCAUCAUCAUCAUCAUCAUUAUUUUCAUCACCACCAACAACUGAUAAAUCAAGUGCCGAUAAAUCAAGUGCUGAUAAAUCAAGUACUGAUAAAUCUACCUCACCAGUAACAACCUCAAUACCAUCUUUCACAUCAUCAUCAACAUCAACAUCAUUAUUUGGACCAACAACUACCACCACUGAUAAAGAUUCAAAAACAGCAAGUAUUUUUUCAACAAAACCAACAACAGAAGGUUUAUUCUCAAAACCAACAACAUCUCUUACGUCUUCUUCAUUAUUUAGCUCAACAAUAACUACAGCUACAACUACACCAUCAAUAUUUGGAGAUGCUAGCAAAUCAUCAACUUCAACUUCUUUAUUUGGUUCAUCAAAUACAACAACUGCUAAACCACCAGCUUCAUUUGGUGUAAAUUUAUCAGCAGCACCAAAGAAAUCAUCGCCACCACCACCACCAGAAUCUGAUGAAGAAGAUGAGGAGAAUGAAGGUGAUGAAGGUGAUGAAGAAGGUGACGAAAAUGGUGAAUUAGAAGCAGAGGAAGCAUUUUAUGUACCACCAGAUUCUGAUGAAGAGAACGAAGGUGAUGGAAAUGGUGGUGAUUUAGAAGCAGAGGAAGAAUUUUAUGUACCACCAGAUUCUGAUGAAGAAAAAGAAAAAGAAAAGAAACCAAAAACAAAACAACAAAGUACACAAUUAACAGGUUUAUUUGCUGCUCCUCCAAAAGGUGGUAGCUUAUUUGGAAAUACACCAACUGGUGGCAGUUUAUUUGGAAGUGCACCAACUGGUAGUAGUUUAUUCUCUGGUGGUUCAUUAUUAACAAGUUCAUUUUUAACAAAAAAAGGUGAAAAUGAUGAUGAUUCAUCCGAUGAAGAUUCAAAUAAAAAGAGAAAGAAAAAGAGAGAGUCAUCAUCAUCAUCAUCAACAUCUUCAAACCAUCAUUAUUCCAACUACCUCUAAAAAGGAAAAGAUAGAUGAUAAACCAUCUACAACCACCACCACCACCACAACAUCAUUAUUUGGUUCGACAACUACCUCUGGUUUAUUCUCUAAUCCAUCAACAACAUCAACUGGUUCAUUAUUUUCAUCAAACCCACUUGGUUCAACAGCUUCCACUUCUAGUUUAUUUGGUGCCUCAACAUUAGCUUCUACUGCUACUACUACAGCUACACCAACAACAAGCUUAUUUGGCUCAACAACACCAUCAUCAUCAUCAUCCUCAUCAUCAUCAUCCUCAUCUACUACUUCAACAACCACACCAUCAAACAGUUUAUUUGGAACAUCAUCAUCCUCCUCAUCUACCUCUAGCUCUUUAUUUGGUAGCACCACUUCAGCAACAACACCAUCAAGUUUAUUUGGAACAACAACAACAUCAUCUGACUCAAAAUCUGAGACAAAAACAACUCCAUCACUUUCUUCAGGAGGAUUAUUUAGUACAACAUCAGCCUCACCAUUUUCAAUUCCAUCUUCAACUUCAUCCAGUGGUUUAUUUGGGUCAACAAAUCAAACUGAAUCAAAGGUAGCUACUACCACAACUACAGCUGCAACAACUGCAACCCCAUCAACAUCAUUAUUUGGUUCAACAACUACACCAUCGACAUCAUCUUCAACAUCAUCUUUAACUACAACACCAUCUACUGGAUUGUUUGGUGCUUCAUCAUCUACAACCCCAUCAACUGGAUUAUUUGGUUCCGCAACAACCCCAUCAACUGGAUUGUUUGGUGCUUCAUCUUCAUCAUCAUCAUCAUCAAUAUCAUCAUCUUCUACCACCUCAACAACCACCACACCAUCAACUGGCUUAUUUGGAUCAACAACACCAUCAACUGGCUUAUUUGGAUCAACAACAACAGCAGCAACAACAACACCAUCAACAGGAUUGUUUGGUUCAACACCAUCUUCCACCACAUCGACAACUACCACACCACCAAAUGGCUUAUUUGGAUCUACAACUCCCUCAACUGCAUUAUUUGGAACUUCCACUCCAGCAACAACCUCGACCUUGACAACUUCAACCUCAACAACUCCAUCAACAGGAUUAUUUGGCUCCUCAUCCUCAAUUGCUACUACUACCCCAUCAACAGGAUUAUUUGGCUCAACAUCAUCCUCAACCACCAAUACUGCUCCAUCAACAGGAUUAUUUGGUUCAACAACAACAUCCACUACUGCUACACCAUUUGGUUCCUCAUCAUCAACCCCAUCAACAGGAUUAUUUGGUUCGUCUUCAUCAUCCACAUCAUCUUCUUUAUCUUCAUCAUCCACUACUGCCACACAACCAACAGGAUUAUUUGGAUCAACUGCUCCAUCUACAGGAUUAUUUGGAUCUACAACAGCAACAAACCCAUCAACAGGAUUAUUUGGUUCAACAACAACAACAUCUACUACCACUACACCAUCGACUGGAUUAUUUGGAUCCUCAUCCUCAACACCAUCAUCAACAGGAUUAUUUGGAUCAUCCUCUUCAACUACAUCAUCAACCACCACACCAUCAACAGGUCUCUUUGGAUCAGCAGCACCAUCAACUUCAUCACCAUUUUCAAUCCCAACUUCAUCAACACCAGCAACAUCCAAUCCAUUUGGUUCAAAUCCAUUCCCAACCUCAUCACCAACUACUGUAUCAUCAACACCAUCUUCUAAUCCAUUUGGAGCACCAUCACUUUCAAAUUCAACCUCAUCUUCCAGUUUAUUUGGUGCACCAACUACAUCUACCGCCGCUACUACCACACCUUCUUUUGGAUCAUCACCAUUUGGAGCACCAUCAUCUACAUCUUCAACUCCAUUUGGAGCAUCACCAUUUGGAGCACCAACAUCUACAUCCUCACCUCCAUUUGGAGCACCAACAUCUGCAUCCUCAACUCCAUUUGGAGCACCACAAAUUUCAACCUCAAGUUCGACUAAUCUUUUUGGAGGAGCAUCAUCUUCAACCGCUGCACCAUCAUUCGUCUCUUCACCAUUUGGAGCACCAAUAACCUCAUCAUCAUCAUCGUCAUCAUCAUCAUUACCAUUUGGAGCACCAACUACUUCAUCCUCAUCCUCAACUCCAUUUGGUGCAUCACCUUUUGGAAAUUCAAUGGCUUCAACUACAUCACCAUUUGGAGCACCUGCAGCUUCACCUUCACCAUUUGGAAUACAGGCAGCCUCACCCUCUCCAUUUGGAGCACCAGCAGCCUCACCUUCACCAUUUGGUUCAACCCCAUCCACUGCACCAAAUCCAUUUGGUAAUUUUGGCGCCGUGCCUGCAAAUGGUUUUUCACUUGGUAAAAUGGGAACAAGUAAAAAACCUGCAAAAAAGAAAUAA